UACAGUUUAGAGACAUACAAUUUUUUCCCCCCAAACAUACCCUAGUUACUAAGCUGACAGACCAGCAUUCCUUCUCCCUGCUCCGUUCUCUUCCAUCCUCCCUCAAAUCACGUAAACCCUAAUCUUCCUCCGGCGAGCAUUUCGAAUCUAAUUCCAUGGAAGUAUCCGAAGUUUCCGAGUUCAAGGAAUCUGACUUUGCAGCGGCAAGGCGCAUCUCACUUCCUCCAACAACGACGAGCGUCCACGUUACAGCUUUGGACGGCCUGGUGAACGUCAACUCUCUCUUCACAGUCGCCGUCUUCGUAGGUCUCUCCCUAACAAGCCCCGGCCAGCGGAGCCUGGAGAACAACACGGCCUGCGAUGCCGGGCCAGACGUCGUCCGCAACCUCCUCGUGUUCGAGGUGGUUUCCUUCAGCUUCUUCCUCUUCUCGAGCCUUAUCGCGCAGGGUCUCAAGAUCGCCAUCAAUCUUCUCAACAGCAACGAUGUGGACGAGACCUUUAGAGCACAUAUAAACGCGCGCGUGCUUCGCCUGGGUAUGCUUGGCUCGGCAAUUGGAUCGGUAAUGGGCAGUAUCUUUCUCUUGCUUUCCAUGGUUAAUGUGAUACAGAUCCGGCUGGGUAUGCUUUCUUGUGGCAGUAACGCCGCCGUUCGAGCUGUUGCGGCUCUUCUCACCCUCGUCUGCACCGCUCUUGCUGUUUACAUCUCCACCAUCUUUUACGCAUUCACUCACUGAUUUCUGAGCCACGAUCGUACAUGUGCUGAGGUUUUGUUAUUGCAAGAAGGUGGGUAUUUCAAAUUAGGAGCUGUUUGGUUCGGAUGCCGAUCAGAUGUUUGGUGAAAUGCUUUGCUCAAUGUUCUGUUUCAGAUCUUUUUUUGCCAUUGGGCCGAUUAACUGAGCUUGACGACUGGAGAAUUUUAGGCAAAUUGUACGAUUUCGACCAUUUUGACAGGAAGAUUAGAGUUUAUCUUUCUAACAAUCUCUUUUUUUUAGAAUUCACAGAUGCUAUAGUUUGAUUGUUCAAAGCUUGUUUCUUUUUUUUUUCUACAUGAAUUC